AUGAAACUCCUCAUCGCCCUCUCCGCCGGUCUUCUGGCCGGUAUCUCGGCCACUCCAGUCGGCACACCCACCCUCACCUCCCGCACCGCAACCUCCGUCCAAGAGACCGUCAGCCUCUGCACGCAAUACGCCUACCACUCCGCAAACGGCUACGAAAUCCUCAACAACCUCUGGGGCAAAGACCAGGCGACAUCUGGCUCUCAGUGCACCUACUACGAGGGCAGCACCGGAAACGGAAUCAAAUGGAGCACGGAUUGGGUAUGGCAAGGCGGCCAGGACCAAGUUAAGAGCUAUGCCUACGCCGGUAAAAUCCUGACCAAAGGGCAAAAGAUCUCGCAGAUUACUAUGGCUACCGUUACCAUCGCUGGAUACACGUUUGAUCUCUACACCGGCUACAACGGGUCGAUGCGCGUGUACAGUUUCGUACGCGCUGGAAACAGUGAUAUCAAGAGCUUUAGCGCUGAUAUCAAGUUGUUCUUCAACUACCUGGUACAGACCCAGCAGUACCCUGCGAGCACGCAGAAUCUGAUCGUCUAUCAAAUCGGUACGGAAGCUUUCACUGGUGGGCCUGCGAGGUGGUCGGCUUCGAGCUUCAGCCUUGAUGUCAAGGUUUAG